AUGGCUGCAGCAAGAAAUAAUGUCUGCAAUCAUACUGAUCGGAUCCUUGAACUGCUGCGUUCUGAAGAUGUUCGUGAGACUGCUGGCUCUUUCUGGGGUGCCGCUGAACGUGACGACCUCCUGCAGGGACUUGAGAAGGCCAUUUCAGACAUCGCGCCUCUGCUUCUUGAUGUGGAGAUCAAGGCUCGCCAUAAUGAAAGAUGGCUGGAAAAUGGAUUCAGACUCUUUGAUGCUGAGAUCUUGCUAGAGAAGGUAUCAAGCGAAGCUUUGAAGAAGCGUAGCAGUAGCAGUAGCAGUGGUGGUGGUGGUGCUACUGGAAAUCAUAUGUAUAAGACACCACUAUGCACUUUCUUCUCAACUACCCGCUCCCCAUCUGCUUCUACUGGAAAGCCAAGCUAUGAUCGGCUUGUUCGUUAUACGGAACAGAUCAAAGACUCAGUAAAUAGAUUGACUAAUAAAUUUGGUUUGGAAAAUCGUAGUGAGAAAGAAAUUAAAUUUCCAAACGGAGUGGAGGAGACUUGGUCAUUUAUUGUGGGAGGAGGAGAAGGAGGUUUUCAGAGAAGGUGGGAUAUCAUCGACGACGUGGAUACAAAGGAAAAUAUCAUCAAUAUGUUAUUAACAAAUGAUGAUGAUGAUGAUGAUGAUGCUGCGGCGAUUCUUCCGGUGUUGGGUACUGAGGAAUCAGAAACAAGGUGGCUUGCAAGGGACGUUUUCAAUGACGAGAGAGUACAGAGUCAUUUCCACAUACGUAUUUGGGUACGCCUUUCUUCUGCUAUGUCUCCCAAUAAUACCAAUGCUACCCAACUUUUAAAUGAAAUAUUAGUUGAACAUCUACUUCCUCAUCAUCCAAACAUACACCAAUCUGAUUUGGAUGAGUUGCUACUUGUCUUAUCUAGUAGUGCGCCUUUCCUUAUUGUAUUCGAUGAUGUCAACCCUCAAAAUUUCCCAUUUCUUAAAGCAAUUUUGGGCAAUUUUCGUGGUAAAGGUAGUAAGAUAAUUCUAUCUACCUCUUACCCGGAGGUUGCAAGCAUUGGUGGCAACAUCAAACCAUGUCAUUGUCUACCUUCUCCUUGUCCUUUUCUAAGUGAAGAUCGAUUGUGGAGGCUAUUUCAAAAUGCAGCUUUUGGCGGAGUAACAAAACAUGAGCACAUAAGCUCGAGUUUUAUAGAUAUCGGAAAGGAGAUUGUAAACAAGUGUCAUGGAAUCUCUGAUAUUGUCAUUCCGGCAAUAGGAAGCAUGCUAUAUUUUGAUAAUUCUGAAAAGGAAUGGCGUGAUUUUUGUUUUGAUGAAAUAGAGAAAUCUUGUAAGCAUAAUUCAAGUGAUUAUGACAAGGCAUUGUCAUGCUUGAAGUUGUGCUAUGAUCAUCUCCCUUCACGCCUGAAACAUUGUUUUGCCUAUUGUAGCUUAUUUCCUAAAGAUCACGAGAUCGAUGUGCAAACGAUUAUAAAAUUGUGGAUGGCACAAUCCUUUGUCAUUAAGGAAGAGCCAGGGAAAUCUGCAGAGGAUGUUGGCUAUGAGUAUGUUCUGAAUUUACUUAGAAGAUCUUUCUUUCAAGAACCUACAAUAAAUGUGACGGAGCGUGUGGUUAAAUUCAAAAUUCACCAUUUGAUGCACGAUCUUGCAACUCUUGUAGCAGAGGGACGAUGCUUCUCAUUCACACCAAAUGCUAAUAAACCAUCUUCUCCAUUCCAUGUGUCAUUUGGUUCUAGUAACUUUUCAGAAGGUGAUGUACUUGAUUUUGCUGAAAGAAGCAUGCGAUCCGUUUUGUUGCAGAAUCACUCACGGGAGAAGUCCGGAGUGAGACGGGGUAACAACACAAACAUAUUGUUUGAUAAAAUUAUCAAAAAGUAUGUUAAUUUACGGUCGCUAGAUAUGUGUGGUUUCGGAAUUAAGAUAGUUCCAAAUUCAAUUGGCGACUUGGAGAUUUUGAAGUAUCUUGAUCUCUCCGAGAAUGGGGAUAUCAUGCAAUUGCCCAAUUCCAUUACCAAGCUUGUAAAUUUGCAAACCUUGAGGCUCUCCUCAUGUGUCAAACUUAGAGAACUGCCAAGAGGUAUUCAAAAAUUGGUCAGCCUUCGACAUCUUGAGAUUGAUGGGUGCCUCAGCCUGACUAGUCUUCCUCAAGGAUUUGGUCAGCUUACUAAUCUUCAAACGUUAUCGCAUAUUACACUGGGAGAGGAGUCGUCUACGCAUAAUGCCCAGUUAAUUGAAGUGAAGAAAUUGAGAAACUUGUGUGGGAAGUUUCAAAUUAAAAAUCUGAAGCAUGAAAAAUCUGUGGAUACAUAUUUUAAUGCAGUCCCAGGCGGAGUUAGAUCUUUGUCGUUAGAAUGGGAUAGUCAUGACGUGAAGACUGAACCAAUGCCACUAGAUGGUGAUAAAGAGUUCUCUUUGCAUCUGUUAGAAUUGGCUAUAAAUGGAUACAAGAGUGCUGAGAUGCGCAUUUUGCCAAUAUCUGUCGUCACUGGAUGA